AUGGACGUCGACAAUAACAACGCUACAACAAACAAUCAAAAAUCAGCUACAAAUAAUCAAAUACAACAACAUCAACAAGAGCCACUGCUUCAAAAUUACAAUGAUGAUACUACUAGAAGAACAGAAGAUCAACAUGAGCGCCAAGUAGAUUAUAAAAGAUAUCAACGGUUAAACGGACGAGAACAAAAAAACGAACUCUAUCGCGAAUUCGAAGAAGAACUAUGGAAAGAACUUGAAAAAUUGGGACAACAAGAAGAAGAACUAAAGCGAAAAAAGAAAGUUUGGGAAGAAGAAUGCUUAAAAUUCUUUCUAGCCGCCGAUGAAUACGAACAAAAUUAUGUUGAACAUGUACCACAAAAUACACCUGUCGAAGAGAUGAAUGUUGGAAAAUCAUUCCAACAACAAGACGUAUCCAUGAAACAAAUAGAAAAUUCCAAACAAUAUCAACAACAUACAUUCCAGGAAGCAGAACAGCCACAAUCGGCUGAAGAAAAGAAACUUAAGAAAAAAUGCCGUGGUGAUCGCAAAGCACAACGUCGACGUCGACGACUUCGUCGAAAAGGUUUUGAUCCAAAUAUAAUAACAGAAUUAAAUAAUCAGAAACUUAAUCAUCAACAACAACUUGAUCAAAUCAUACAAGAUUCUAUAUCAAAUGAAAUGCAAGUACAUGUACCACUCGAUCAAGUUUCUCAAUCGACACAAAAUAAAAAUAAACAUCAUGAUAGUGCAGUAAAUGAAUCAAUAAAACGUAAAAGAAAUGAAAAAUCCUCAAAACAAUCAUCGAGUACAAUUGAUAAAUCUUUAAGUCAAUUAUCUAUUUCACAACCAUCACCGAAGAAACAAAAGACAAUAAAUAAUCAAGUUAAUCAAAUUGAACAAGUCACUACCAAUGGAACAUCAAGAAAGGAAAAUUCGAAAUCAAAAAAACAGAUUGAUCAUAGUAAUGACAAUUCUUCUAUACCUGAUUAUUUAAAAGUAUCAAAUCGUAUAUUUAGACAAAUGUUAAUUGGUUCAUUAGAAGGUGCUGAUAAAAUUGUUAAACGACUAAAUACAAGUGAAAAAAUUAAUUAUAUUCGUCAAUAUACUUACUUAAUACAUCGUUGA